UUAGUUAGCUCCAAUGGAAUCCUGGUCCCAGGUGGAUUUGGUGUACGAGGAACAGAGGGAAAGAUAUUAGCCACGAAUUGGGCAAGAACGAAAAAUGUUCCUUUCCUUGGAGUGUGUCUAGGCCUUCAGUGUGCGACCAUUGAGUUUGCCCGCAAUGAACUAGGAUGGAGUGAUGCCCACUCGACUGAGCUGGACCCACAAACAAAACACCCUGUGGUGAUAGACAUGCCUGAGCAUAACCCAGGACAGAUGGGAGCCACGAUGAGAUUAGGCAAACGUACAACGCUCUUUAAUACGGAAAACUCUGUUAUCAAGAAACUGUACGGAAAUGUUCCAUUUGUGGAGGAAAGGCAUCGUCAUCGAUACGAGGUCAAUCCAAAAUAUGUCAAGGAUUUUGAGGAUCGGGGAAUGAAGUUUGUGGGAAGAAGCGAAGAUGGACAGAGGAUGGAGAUAUUGGAACUCCAAAAUCACCAAUAUUUUGUUGCUGUACAAUACCAUCCUGAAUAUAUAUCCAGACCCAUGAAGCCAUCACCUCCAUAUCUAGGUCUUCUGUUAGCGUCCUGUGGAAAACUGCCAAAUUUCGCCGCCCGAGGCUACAGACUUUCACCCCAUCUGUCGUACAGCGAGGGAAACAUUUCCGAGGAUGAGGAACUUGCUGCCAUUGUGCAGGAGAUUCAAAUGAGCUCAUCCUCCCCAAGUAGCAAAUCUUCUGAGGAAAGUUCACCCAAAGUACAGGCUGAAGGUUCAAAUUAACUUGUUGAUGCUGUUUGUUUGGAGGAUGUGAUCUUUAGUCAUUUAGGAUUGACCUACUAUUGUACAAAGAAUUUCCAGCAGUCAUAUUUUUAUUAUCUUCAAAUUAUUAUCUUACUAAGAAGAAUUUGAUUUUAUUCACAAGGAAUCCUUGUGGAUAAACUUUCAUGAAGUUUCAUACCAACCGAAAAUUAACAUCUGUAAAACGAUGGACGCAAACUGAAACUUUAUUUUAUAAAUGAUUAUCCAAACACUGCAGUUGUUCAGUCUUGGAGGGAAACAUCUAGUUUUUCCUCAAAAUUUCUGAUGCAUUUAUGUAGAUUACAAUAGUUAACACUUUGAGUAAAUCUGUUUAAAAAAAUGGGGGGAAAUGUUUGAAGGUCACUGUCAAAUUUUUGACAUUUUUGACAUUUUUGACAUUUUUUGACAUUUUUGAUGUAUAUAUUUCUUGUGCGGUGCAGGGAUCUGAUCACAUCCCACAUUGACGCUGUCCCGUUUGCUUUUGUAACGAAUUUUGUUUGUGUGUAAGAGAGGUCUGAAAAUAUAUAAUGUGAUAAGUCUGUCUGUUAUGUUAAGUUUAGAUAUAUUCUGCGUGAAGAAAUUUACAUUGAUCAUCUUUUAACAAAGACAUCUCAAUAUAUACCAAAACUGAUUCUGUGAAAAAUAUCCUUUAGAUAAAAGGUGGCAUGGUUUAAAAAUUAAGACUAUGUAAAUCAGGGAAAUAGAAUUUCUCAACAAAAAUGAAAAAGAUGAAUUCAGUUAGA